ACGUUUUAGGAAGUGCGCAGCUCCAGGCAGCUUCUUCGUCAGCUCAUUGCCAGCUCGGUGAAGUCCAUUAAACGCCAAAAAUGGCGAUGUUAACUGUAUUUUCAAAGCAGCUACUUUAAAGUAUUACUUUUCAUAUAGUACGGGGCGUUGGAUAAAACAUAACUGAAAUUGUGACAAACUGUCAUUUUCAGUUUUUGGCUCAGGACAUACUGAUUUUUCAUAAGUAGAGAAGUGGAAAGUCACCUCAGCAAUGCCUCUGUUGUUUUUGGAGCGAUUUCCUUGGCCCAGUCUGCAGACCUACACAGCACUCAGUGUGGCGUUACUUGCUGGGAGCAUCUUCAGUGCCUAUAAAUCUGUGACUGACCCAGGCUUUACGACCUUGGAAAAUGAUGAAACACCAACUUCUCCUGAUGUCGAGCUUGAACAUCUAAACAGUGAACUUGGUAACACAGAAUUGGCAACCACAAUCCUGAGCUACCUUGUCACUGAUAGUCUCUUUGUAUGGGUUUUAGUCAACAUGUUUUGCUGCUCAUUAAUGUUAAUUGCAAAAACAAUUCAAUAUGUGGUCUUUGGCCCUCUUAGGGUCAGUGAGAAGCAGCAUCUGAAAGAUAAAUUCUGGAACUUCGUCUUCUACAAGUUUAUUUUCAUCUUUGGUGUACUGAAUGUGCAAACAGUGGAUGAAGUAGUCAUGUGGUGUCUGUGGUUUUCUGCAUUGGUCUUUCUUCACCUCAUGGUGCAGCUCUGUAAAGACAGAUUUGAAUAUCUGUCAUUUUCCCCUUCAACUCCUACGAACAACCAUGUGCGAGUUCUUUGUCUGCUGUUCUCCCUGCUGCUGGACUGCUGUGGCCUAGCUGUGGUCUGUGGUCUGCUGGGCGCCUCCCAUGGCAUGCACACACUCUCCUUUAUGGCAGCAGAGUGUCUGCUGGUGACUGUACGCACUGGACAUGUCAUCAUGCGGUAUUCUGUCCAUCUCUGGGAUCUGAACCAUCGAGGGACCUGGGAGAGCAAGGGAACAUAUGUCUACUACACUGAUUUCAUCAUGGAGCUAGCGAUGCUGUUUCUGGACCUCAUGCACCAUAUCCACAUGUUGCUUUUCGGUAACAUCUGGCUAUCCAUGGCAAGCUUGGUUAUCUUCAUGCAGUUGCGGUAUCUCUUCCAUGAAGUCCAACGUCGUGUUCGCCGACACAAGAACUACCUUCGUGUGGUCAGUAACAUGGAGGCCAGGUUUUCUGUUGCUACUGCAGAAGAGUUGGCAACUAAUGAUGAUGAUUGUGCUAUCUGCUGGGAUGCUAUGAUGACAGCACGCAAGCUUCCCUGUGGUCAUCUCUUCCAUAAUUCUUGUUUACGCUCCUGGUUGGAGCAAGACACCUCAUGUCCAACAUGUAGGACAUCCCUGAACAUUAACGGAGAUGAGGACGAGACAAGAAACCAGCAGCAAGGAAGAGGCUUGGAAGAAAACAUGGGUCCAGUAGGAGCGGCUGCAGAUCCCCGACCACACAUUAAUCAGCACAAUCACUUCUUCCAUUUUGAUGGAUCUCGCAUUGCCAGCUGGCUGCCCAGUUUCUCAGUGGAAGUCAUGCACACCACCAACAUCUUGGGCAUUGCUCAGCCCAACAAUUCUCAGCUAAUGGCCAUGGCCCAUCAGAUCCAAGAGAUGUUCCCUCAAGUGCCCACCUACAUGGUGAUACAGGAUCUGCAGUUGACCCGCUCUGUGGAGGUCACCACUGAUAACAUUUUAGAAGGACGCAUCCAGGUGCCUUUCCCUGCGCAGGCCGUAGAGCGUGUGCCUUUACAGGUGGCCCAGGCACCAGAGGAGCAGGCUGGUCCAAGUGGAGCAGCCGAGCACAGCGCCGGUGAGCCAAAUAACAUGGAUGCCAGAGGAGGUCGCUUUUCCAAGUCAGCUGAAGAAAGGCAGAAGAUGUUGAAGCAGAGGAAAGAUGAGAUGCUGCAGCAAGCUCGCAGGAGAUACCUAAACAAAACUCCAGAACACCAGGAUGAGGAUUUACCUGGACUGGAGGAGGGUAUAGUGUCAGAAUUGAACUCAACUAUGCUGAGACGUACAAACAUGGCAGCAGCUGCUGAAAGACGCAUGCAGACCCAACAAGACCCGGCACCCUAACACUACAAAUGAGUAUCAGCAAGUCAUGGCAGGAGUGUCUGCCUCAAGUGAUCCCAGAAGGCACCAACAGAGGUUUCACCCUGCCCCUUCUUUGGUGUUAAAUAAAAAUAAGAAUAAAAAAAAACCUAAAGCGUGUUGAAAGCAUGGCCUUUGGACUUUAUGCUGUUAUUGGCUAAGUGAAAUAGCUGAUGUCUGCGUCACUAUUCCAGCCAGGGUUUUUCUUCUUUCUUUGUGCAUUAUAUAAAGUGCAAGUCAAGAGAUGUGAUUUUGCACCACCUUUUAUUUAUGUCAUGCCACAGAUCGUAAUCACCAGCUUCAGUAGAAUCAGUAUUCACUGCGAGUGCAAGCGGCUGCCCAAAGCUUCAGAGUGUCACUACUAGAUCAGUAUCAUUCAGUUUUGUUUUGUUUUUCACACUUUAUCAUGGGGAAAUCUUUGUAUUAUGGGUGGAGAAAGUCAUAGGAUUUUUCUGUUAUUUUACAGAACCCACUGUGAAUUACUUAUAGGCAAAAUACUUGGAGUAAAAGAAUGUCACUUUAGUAUUUUUAUAUUUUCUACAACUUUCAGAUAUGAAUGUUCCUAACAAACAAAAUGCUGCAAACUGAUUUUGACAUGCAAGGGUUGUUCUGUACUUUGUAUUUCCCAUUGCAGACAGUUUGCAUUUUGUUACUUAACACGAGUAAAGUGGGCGUGUAUGUGCUUGUUUUCUGACUAACUUUGAAAUGCUUGGACAGUAAAUAGGAAGCAUUUCUUUUUGUAGAAGUUCAGUGUUGUCCUCACUCUUCUGCUUCACUUCAGCUUCUGUUCCAAAGUUUUCCGAGUGAGAAAAUUGUUCUGUCUCAAAUAAUUGAGUAAUCUGUCUUUUUUUUUCCUGAUUAAUCAGUUAGUUGUUUGAGCCAUAAAAUGGUUAAAAAAAAAAAAACAUCAGCCAGUCCAAAUUGAUGUCUUUAGAUGUUUCGUUUU